UGUGAUUGUGAGCGAUGCCGACGCAACUACUUGGUAAGGCGUGGCAACUGACAAGAGAACGACUAAUGUUUCAAAAAUUGCAUUAAAAAAAAGUUUUAAUUGUUAAAAAUUAAUUUCAACAACGUUAAUCAAUUUUUAACAUAAAUAAAAAUGUCGGCUAAUAAAUUAGAAUAUCAUCGGGCUUCAAAUGCUGUGGUUUUUGGAGGAAUAAUCACACAUAUAGCGGGAAUUCUUUUACUUAUAUCAUUUGCAAGCCCAUACUGGAUAUCAUCAUACGAUGAAGCAUUUAGCAGUUUUAAAAAUAUGGGACUAUGGGAAUAUUGUUUUGAGCAUUUUCGUUUUCCCAAUUAUCAAUUUGACAAAAUAUACGACGGAUGCAAUAAUAUAUUUUCUCUCGAAUAUUAUGUUCUUCGAGAGUGGCUCGUACCUGGAUGGCUAAUGGUUGUUCAAGCAUUUGUCACAUUAUCUUUAUUUUUGUCAUUAAUUGCACAAGGAUUAAUUGCAUCAGUCACAAUUCGUUAUCCAUUGAGAUUUGUCCUACGAUACGAGUGGUUAUUAUCAACAAUUGCUUGUCUCUGCAAUAUUGUUGCUUGUUUUUUGCUGCUUUUGUCAGUUUUGGUAUUUGGAACAAUGUGCUGGAGACGAGAUUGGUUAAUGUAUCCGAAAUUUAAUCAUUUAUCAUGGUCCUAUGGUAUCGCAGUAAUCAGUACAUUCUUUCAUGGUGUUGGUGCUUUCUUUUUAUAUUUGGAUGCACGUUCCGGAUAUAAAUCACGUAAGGAAUCACGUAAUUUAGUCAUGCAAAUGCAACCAAAUCCUCAAAGUCAUCAUGGCUUACAUCGAAGCAAUUAUAUAUAAUUUUCGUGAUACAAAUACAAAAACAAGAAUUUUAACAUUUUUUUUUUUUUUUUUAAUAUGGUAACUAAAAAUCCGAUACUCAUUUUAUGAAGUGAGAUCUGCGAGAAAUGUUUGAAUUAUUUUUGUGCGAAA